AUGAAAAUGUUAGCAAGAUUCGUUCUGGGACUUGUCAUCUUUGAUGCUGCUGUUGCAGCUCCUACUCCAGAGCUCAUUAACUAUGACUCGGAAGCCUACGACACCACCUUGGAAGACCUGGAUAAUUUAUACAACUAUGAAAACAUACCUAUUGAUCAGUCUGAGAUUGAAAUAGCGACCGUGAUGCCAUCUGGGAACAGAGAGCUCCUCACCCCGCCCCCACAGUUAGAAGAGGAUGGAGAAGAAGAGGAGUCCACCCCCAGGCUGAUCGACGGCUCUUCCCCACAGGAACCUGAAUUCACUGGGGUUCUGGGCCCACACACCAAUGAAGAUUUUCCAACCUGCCUUCUGUGUACUUGUCUCAGUACCACUGUAUACUGCGAUGACCAUGAACUUGAUGCUAUUCCACCACUGCCCAAGAACACCGCUUAUUUCUAUUCCCGCUUUAACAGAAUUAAGAAGAUCAAUAAGGAUGAUUUCACAAGCCUAAAUGAUUUAAGAAGAAUUGAUCUAACAUCAAAUUUAAUAUCUGAGAUCGAUGAGGAUGCAUUUAGAAAGCUACCUCAGCUUCGAGAGCUCGUCCUGCGUGACAACAAAAUCAGGCAACUCCCAGAAUUGCCAAACACCUUGACAUUCAUAGAUAUUAGCAACAAUAGACUUGGAAGGAAAGGAAUAAAGCAAGAAGCAUUUAAAGAUAUGUAUGAUCUACAUCAUCUUUACCUCACUGAUAAUAACUUGGAUCACAUCCCUCUGCCACUUCCAGAAAACCUAAGGGCACUUCAUCUCCAGAAUAAUAACAUUUUGGAGAUGCACGAAGACACCUUCUGCAAUGUUAAAAAUUUGACUUAUAUUCGAAAGGCACUGGAAGACAUUCGCUUAGAUGGGAAUCCUAUUAAUCUCAGCAAAACUCCUCAAGCAUAUAUGUGCCUACCUCGCUUGCCUAUUGGGAGUCUUGUCUAA